AAGGUGGUUUGCUACAUGAACGGUGUAGAUAGCCAAACCUUGCUCCCAAUCUCGCAUCCUCAUCGUCUCCUCCUCCCUCUCUUCUCCAGCGUCCGAUCUCUCUCCUCCGCUCUCCACCGCCCCCCCUCCCCUCUCUCUCCUCCCCUCCUCGGCGCGCGCUUAAAUACGAAUCCACCAAUCCUCCCCCCUCUCUCACGCACACACAGGGCUUCGAAUAUGGCGGAGGCGCCGGGGAGCCCGGGCGGCGGAGGCGGCGGCGGAGGGAGCCACGAGAGCGGCGGCGACGGGAGCCCGAGGUCGGGCGUGCGGGAGCAGGACCGGUUCCUCCCGAUCGCCAACAUCAGCCGCAUCAUGAAGAAGGCGCUCCCCGCCAACGGGAAGAUCGCUAAGGACGCCAAGGAGACCCUCCAGGAGUGCGUCUCCGAGUUCAUCAGCUUCAUCACCAGCGAGGCGAGUGAUAAGUGCCAGAGGGAGAAGAGGAAGACGAUCAAUGGCGAUGAUCUGCUCUGGGCGAUGGCGACGUUGGGGUUUGAGGACUAUAUCGAGCCGUUGAAGCUAUACUUGCAAAAAUAUCGAGAGAUGGAGGGUGAUAACAAGAUGUCUGGAAAGGGCGGAGACGGCACUAAGAAAGAUGUAGCAGGUCCUCACGGUGGAGCUCAAGGUGGCCCAAGCAGCCAAGGGAUGAGCCAACUGGGGUCUUACACUCAGGGAAUGAGCUAUAUGAAACCUCAGUACCAUAAUGGGGAUCUCUCAAGCUAAUCACUAACUGCCUAUUCCUGCUACUGCUAGAUAUUUUCUUAUUGAGCAGGUAGAGAAUCUCGCUAUCCUCUCCAAAGGAAGAAAGCUAAUGCCCUGGAGUUCUGGGAUCUAAUUAUCGUCGUAAUCUCCCAGUUGUAAAUUGCUUUGCGGAAGUUAAUUUCACUUCUUGUUUAGUUUAUAUGGUUUCACUUAUUUAGUUUAUAUUCUCCUUGUAUAUGCUGGACUAUGUUUUUGUCAUUUCAUUGCUUUUCCUUUUCUCUUUAUGUGUUGGUUACUCUUGAGGAGCAUAUAGCCAUUCCCUCAAGGAGAAAGGUUAUGAUUUGUAUCCUUAUCUAUACCAGUGAAUUAGCUUGUCAUAGUGCAGUGCCAUAAUUAAUAAACAGUGAGUAUUUGCUUAGAUAGCGUUUA